AUGUCUUCUGUUGAUGUUAAUGAAUUAACCGCAGCAACUGAGAAGUUGUCUGUCGAAGAUACCAAGGAAAAGGAGGAAACUAAGGUGGAAACUCCUACCAAGGCCGAAGAAGAAGAAGAGUCGUCUUCUAAAUCUGAGUCUAAGGAUUCUACCAAAUCUGGUGAGUCUGAGACUGCCAUUGCCUCCUUGUACGUUGGUGAUUUGGAUCCAACCGUCACCGAGUCGGAUCUUUACGAGGUUUUCUCAAGAGUUGGACAGGUGUCGUCUAUUCGUGUGUGCCGUGAUGCUGUUUCCAAGCGUUCUUUAUGCUAUGCUUAUGUCAACUAUCAGAAGCAUGAGGAUGCUGAGAAAGCUAUGGAUGAUCUGGCCUUUAGUGACAUUAAGGGCAAGCAGUGCCGUAUCAUGUGGUCUCAAAGAGAUCCUUCUAUGAGGAGAAAUGGUACCGGUAACAUUUUCAUCAAGAACUUGCAUCCUGCCAUUGACAAUAAGACUUUGUAUGACACUUUCUCUGCCUUUGGUAGGAUUCUUUCGUGCAAGAUCGCUACCGACGUGAAUGGAAACUCUAAGGGUUUCGGAUUUGUGCAUUACGAGGAUUCUGAGAGUGCCGAUGCCGCCAUUGAGAAUGUCAACGGUAUGCUAUUGAACGAUUUGGAAGUGUAUGUUGCUCAUCAUAUUCCAAGAAAGGAUCGUCAAUCCAAGACUGAAGGUCCAGCCAAGAACUUCACCAAUGUCUAUGUCAAGAACUUUAGCACUGAAUGGUCUGAGCAGGAAUUAUCUGCUAUGUUCGAAGAAUACGGAACGGUCACUUCCACCUACAUGGCUCGUGAUCCUGAAGGAAAGUCUCGUGGAUUUGGUUUCGUUAACUUCGAGAACCAUGAAGAUGCUGCCAAGGCUGUAGAGAAUCUCAACGCUAAGGACUUUGACGGUAAGGUCCUCUACGUUGGACGUGCCCAGAAGAAAGGAGAAAGACAGGAAUCUCUGAAGCACCAAUGGGAGCAAGCUCGUCAAGAGCGUCUCAACAAGUACCAAGGAAUCAACUUGUUUGUCAAGAACUUGGACGACAGCGUGGAUGAUGUCAAAUUGGAGGAGGAGUUUACUCCUUACGGCUCCAUCACAUCUGCCAAGGUUAUGGUUGAUGACACUGGUAAGUCCAGAGGUUUCGGUUUUGUCUGCUUUACCAAACCAGAAGAGGCUACUCGUGCCAUUAACGAAAUGCAUCAACGUAUGGUGGCCGGUAAGCCAUUGUACGUUGCCCUUGCUCAGCGUAAGGAGGUUCGUCGCAACCAACUGAACCAGCAAUUCCAACAGCGUAACCAGAUGCGUCUGCAGCAGGCAGCUGUUCAAGGAGGAAUGGGUCAAUUUGUUGCUCCAAUGUUCUAUGGCCAAAAUGCCGGCUUCAUGCCUCCUAUGCCGGCUGGUGUUCGUGGUGCCCCAUUUGCUAAUGCCGCUGCUCCUCAGCUGAUGAUGCAACAGGGUGCUCCUCGUCCAGGUCAAGGUGUUCCAGUUUCCCCAAAUCAGUUCCGUGUUGGUCCUAAUGGCCAACCUGUUCCAAUGUAUGUUCAGCCGAUGUUUAAUGACUACCAGCAACAACAGCAACAACAGCAACAACAACAACAACAGCAGAGAUACUAUCAGAGGGGAUCGCACGGUAAUAACGGCAAUGUUCCCCAGAAGAAGGGUGACAAACCAGAAGACCAGAUUCCUGGUGCCGAUGCUGCCGCUAUUGCUGCUGCAGCUGCCGUUCCAGCUCCUACUGGUGCUAAUCUGGCUGAGGUUUUGCCUCAGCUUGCUCCAGAGCAACAGAAGAGAGUUCUUGGUGAGGAAUUGUACGCUAAGAUCCAGUCUACUGGUAAAGCUACAGAGAAGGAAGCCGUUGGUAAAAUCACUGGUAUGAUGUUGUCCAUGGACAACCAACAGAUCUUGGACAUGUUGAAGGAUGAUGACUUGUUCAAUGCCCAGUUGGAUCAGGCUUUGGCUGCUUAUGAGAACUACAGAAAGGGUCCUGAGGCUUCCGCUGAAGUUUCUGCUUCUGCUGCAGGUUCUGCUUGA